CAGCGAUAACACAUUGUAGGGGUCUAAUAGAUAGACUUUUCUGUGGCCAUCAAAACUAUUAAGAUAGCUCGUCUUGUAUUACAUUUUGAAAACAGAAGUGCCGAAUGCAACAACCACAGUGUUGAGCACCCUUCCAAACGAAAACAGCUUAUGCGCUAAAAAUAAGAGGAAAAAAACUGAUGGAAUAGCCUGAACAAUUGAGUUUAACUGCAAAUGUACGCUUUCAAAAACAUUUUACUCUUUGUGUCGUACGGUGAGCCGCAUUAAGAAGAUGCCUUGCCCAUUUUUAACUCGCCUCAGCACUAGCUAUGUGCGCAACUAUGCACCACUAUUGUUGAAAACCUAUGGUAAUCAAUGCCCAGUUGUAUCGCGAUCAAUUUCGUCGUUGCAAAAUCCACCGAUUGCCAAUGUGUCGACAUCGACCAAUGCCAACUCGGCUGAGCCAGCCAUUCAAUCAGCCAAGACCGAAUCGAAUGUGGAUACAAAGUGUCCCUUUUUGUCAUCGACAUCGGCCGCUAAUAUUGUUCGCGAUGUGAGCGACUCCGUCGAAGACAUUCCGAUGGAACGUAGCUUUGCUUAUGAGAAUUUCUUCCAUGAGCAAAUCCAACGCAAGAAGAAGGAUCAUUCGUACCGUAUCUUCAAGAAGGUGAGCCGGUUGGCUGGCGUUGGUGAAUUCCCGAAGGCAUUCGAAUAUUCAUGGGGCGAAAAACCGAUUACCGUUUGGUGUUCAAACGACUAUCUGGGCAUGUCGGCUCAUCCGGAAGUGAAGAGAGCAGUUAGAAAGGCGCUUGAGGAAAAUGGAGCUGGAGCUGGAGGAACGCGUAAUAUCUCAGGCAAUACGUUGUAUCAUGAGAAUCUGGAGAAAACCUUAGCCAAACUACACCAGAAGGAGGCUGCUUUGGUAUUCACAAGUUGUUAUGUCGCCAAUGAUACCACGCUAUUUACGCUCGCCAAGCAAUUACCUGGGUGUCACAUCUUUUCGGAUGCGGGCAACCAUGCGUCGAUGAUUCAAGGGAUACGAAACAGUCAGGCGCCCAAGCAUAUUUUCCGACACAACGACCCCAAGCAUCUGGAUGAGUUGUUGAGUAAGGUUGACAAGUCGAUACCUAAGAUUGUUGCAUUUGAGACGGUGCAUUCGAUGACUGGUGCCGUAUGCCCUUUGGGGACGUUGUGUGACAUUGCUCAUGAACAUGGGGCGUUAACCUUUAUCGAUGAGGUGCAUGCUGUCGGUUUGUAUGGCGAGCAUGGUGCAGGCAUCGGUGAACGUGACGGACAACUACAUAAAAUGGACAUCAUAAGUGGUACAUUAGGUAAAGCAUUUGGCAAUAUCGGUGGCUACAUCGCAUCGACGUCAAAUUUGGUCGAUGUUAUUCGGUCGUAUGGAGCUGGUUUCAUAUUUACGACCUCAUUGCCACCCACUGUGCUAUCCGGUGCAAUGAAGGCAAUUGAAAUCCUCGCUUCGGACGAGGGUCGCGCAUUACGCGCAAAACAUCAAGAUAAUGUACGUUAUUUGCGCACGGCCUUGCAAAAUGAAGGAUUCCCAGUUGAGCACACUCCGUCGCAUAUCAUUCCUAUUAAAAUUGGUGAUCCAUUGAAAUGCACACAAGUUUCGGAUUUGAUGAUACAAGAGCACGGCCACUACGUUCAGGCAAUCAACUAUCCAACGGUCGCUCGUGGACAAGAAAAACUCCGUUUGGCACCAACACCAUAUCAUACACGCGCAAUGAUGGACGUUCUCGUGGCUGACAUGAAAAAAGUGUGGAAAAAACUCGAAUUGCCGAUGAACGGACCACAAUGCACUGAGGAAUGUGCUUUCUGCCGCAAGCCAAUCUUAUUUGAACACUUUGAACAACGCACUCGCAGCGGUGGCUGUGGCAUUGAAGUCAACUGUGCCAUUCCAAACUGCCCACAAAUGGUUGUUGCUGCCAAUUAAAUUCUUCUCAAAUCAAAAACGAAUCGGCUCAAAAUGGAUCACGAAUUGAAUUUUUUCUUCAAUUUUUUUUUUAAUUGGUGGUGCGGAAUAUCGGUUAUGAAUAUUGCUUUUAAUCGUGCAUAAAUAAACAUUUUUGUUAUUCAAUUGGUUUUGUGAUAUAUUUUUUUCAAAGCAUUACCAAUUUCUAUUACAUGUUCUUAUCUUAUCUUAUGUUUCUUAGUUUUUUUCUCCAAAAUGGUGAAUGGGAUAAUUUCAAGAAAGAAAUUAAUAAAUAAAUAUUGAUGUUUAAAUGCAAAGCAAAGAAA